AAAGCUAAAGCUGGCUAAAUUAUUAAUUUCAAUUAGCCGUCUUACCCGCCAUCCAUGGAUUCCGAACCUCCAUUCGAAGAGGCCUACAACACCCUGGUCUUACAAAGCUCCCUCAACACAAUGAAAGAUGAUCAUAAGCUUGAUAUUUAUGUAGGGGAUUGUAAUCUGCCUUUGAUAAAUCUUAGCCAUCUAAGUUCUCAUGACCAGCUAGAGAGAGAAAGGUGCAUCAAUGAGAUUGCUCAAGCUGCAAGCAAUUGGGGUUUCUUUCAAGUUGUCAAUCAUGGAAUCUCAGUGGAAGUUCUUGAGAGCUUGGAAUAUGAGCAGAAGAACCUCUUUAAUCAACCUUUUGAAAAGAAGAUUCAAAGUAACUUUUUGAAUUUACCAUCCAAUAGUUAUCGGUGGGGUAAUCCAAAGGCCACUUGUCUCAAACAACUCUCAUGGUCAGAAGCCGUUCAUAUAUCUAUCACGGAUGCAUCAGCAAUGAGUGGGAGUACUGAAUGCAACAAUCUCAGGUUGACAAUGGAAAGAUUUGCGAAAGCGGCAUCAGAUCUAGUUAAAACCUUAGUUGAAAUUCUAGCACAAGACCUUGGAGUCCAAUUCACCUAUUUCCAAGAUAAUUGUCCUCCAAACUCUAGUUAUCUUCGAAUGAACAGAUACCCUCCAUGCCCUUACUCUUCUUCUAAGCUGGUCUUCGGACUAAUCCCUCACACCGAUACCGAUUUCCUCUCUGUCGUGUACGAGGACCAAAUCGGAGGCCUGCAAUUGCUCAAAGAUGGAAGAUGGUUUCGCGUAAAACCUAAUCCAGAAGCUCUUGUUAUUAACAUUGGAGACUUAUUUGAGGCCUUAAGCAAUGGAGUUUACAAAAGUGUCAGACACCAAGUGGUUGCUACUCAAUUUGAGAGGUUCUCUGCUGCAUAUUUCUUUUGCCCAUCUGAUGAAUCCAUGGUGGAAAGCUAUAGCCAACCAGGGAUCUAUAGGAAGUUCAGCUUCAAAGAAUACAAACAGCAAAACAAAAAAGAUGUUCAAGACAUUGGUGAGAAAGUUGGGCUCCAAAGGUUUCUUUUAUGAAAAGUACAUGACCCCAACAAUAAUGCAUGUCGAAAAUAAAGCGGUGAAAGAACAAUGAAUCAUAGCCAAUUAGUAGUGAAAAAUAAGCUAAUUAUAUUUCACUCUAUUUAAUUU